AUGUCAGAGACCCAGGACAGCCAGCUGAACCAGCUCGCCGACAUCGUCUCGGAGCUCAUGAAGCGGAUGGACGAACAAGAAGUGAGGAACAAGACGGUCCAAACUCAGAACAACUUGGAGGUGGCCGCCAUGAAACGCCGCAUGGAGGAUUUGCAGCAACAUGCCAUCAAAGAUGCCAAGACACUUCGUGAGGAGAUGGACCACGUGGUGGACAGCUUGGGCAAUUUGACCGAAGACGUCGCCCGGCGUGUCACCAAAGCGGUGCAACACUACGAGGAACGCUUCACCGCAGACCUCGAGAAGCUUCGUGAACAUUUGGACAAAAGCAUCAACACGCAAUCUUCUGUCCUCUCACAGAAGAUCGAAGCUGCCCUCAGUGCCAGUGACCGCCAUGGCCAUGAAGAACGUGAAGGUGAAUCGGAGGAUGGGGCGAACACCGCCUCCACCGCCAAAGUGGGAUCCAUGCGGAACGACUCGGCGAUGCGCCGUCUUGAGUCGGUGGCCCACAUGCUCCGUGCCGAGGCCUUGGCUCAGGCCCAGGCCUUUGAGGCGAAGUUGGCCUCGGUGGAGGCGGGCCACGCCGCUGAUGCCAAGCGGCUGCAGGGGAUGUUGCACUCUUCCUAUGCUCAGCUGCAGGGCUUGCAGCGCUCCAUCAGCGCGAUGGAAUGCGGUGUUCCAAGUGCAAAUCAGCUCAAUCAAAGCCCGAGGGGCAAGAUCCCCCAGGUGAUGCCCCAGAAGCCGAAUCGGGCUGAACCGAAAGUCGAUAGUGAGCCCAACUUCCGUGAGGAGUUGACCAACAAGCUGCGAAGCAUCCAGACCUCGGUCACUGGUGUGCUGACCAUCUUGGAUCCCACGCCCAACCCACGAGGAUCGCGGUGUGGAAGAGGGAACCAAAAGACUAGGACAAUCUCCGAAGCGUCCAUCGAAGAGUCCCGUGCAGCUUCCCUUGAACCCGGCUGGAACUUUGGAAACCCAGAUCAGGAAUUGGAGGCUACACCCUUCAGUAUGUUGCUUCGGUCAAUGAUGCCGGUACCAGAGCAAUACUCGACGUUGGGCCGGCAUCCAGGUGUGAAGAUAAAGACCUUUCGCAAAGUAACUCUGAGCGGCUUCAAGAACCAAGCGCUGAAUGGAGACUACAUCGAACGCAGUGGGAAGGAGUUUACCAUGUUUGAUCGCGAGACCUACUGGUCUAAAGACUGUUCCAGCAUCUUGUAUUUCCACAAGCCCUCACUCUGUUGGACCCUUGCUCCAGCUGGCGUGUGGGCUGAGUGGAAAGCUGGCUUCUUUGAGGACUUGAUAUGGGCCCAUGCCGAGCCCGAAGCACGCAUUAAGUCUGUCGCAGGAUGGCAUGAAGUGGUGCAACCUUGGACGGAAGCUGUGUUCAACAUGGCAGAAGGGGAACUUGUGUCCAACCAGCGCGUAAGUGUCAAAGCGGGCAAAGAGGAGGUCAAUGUCCACGAGCAGGUCGAGUCUUUGCUUUCCACCAUCCCUAAUGCAGGUGCUGUCUUGAGCCUUGCCAAAUCUAGUCCAAAGAGUUGGUUCCUGCAGAUUUGCCAAGUGUUGGAUGAGCUUCCGCUUGUGAAGCAUAGCUCGUUGUCGGCCCUAUCACGAAGCAGGGAUGCACUGGAUCAGGAGUUUUGGCGGCAAUGGUCAAGCAUUCUCACGGCAGUUGAGAAAAAGAAGCGUGAUGGUGUCAGGCGGGCCCAGAUCCUCCUGCGAUUGGAGGAACAAAGCCGUGCUGCGGCUGAGGAACUGAUCGCAGAGGAGGAGAGAGAGAAGAAAGGGCAAACUCGGUCCAAAAAGAGGCAAGCCAAGGCUCAGCCAUCUUCGAUUUCAGGUGCUGUGAACUUGCCAGAGAAGAUUGAAGAUAGCGAGGAAGAGCAAGGUGAUGCGGAGCCUAAGGGCGAGGUGACGGAUGGGGUGUUUGGUUUGGCUAUAGAUGUUUCAGAUCCGGUCUUGAAACUUCGGCACAGCUUUCCGAUGUUCGAUGAUGAUCUCCUGAGCACGCACCUCAUGGAUGCUGCCUAUGACUUGGAGAAGGCCGUAGUAUCCCUUUCAAAGCUCGAAGCAGAACCUGCAGAAGUCCUAGAGCCUGUUGAGAUUCCAUGUUCUCAGACCCGCGUCCGAACUGCAGCUCCUCAAAGGCUGAUGGCCAAUGUCCUUGCAAGGACAGACCAUUCGCAUUUGCCGCUCUACUGCUUCAUCGCAGUCAUUGCGAAGUCAGAGCAGCAGACACAUCGGCCAGGGCAGAUUGUGAGGCCAAUUCCCGAAGAUCGAUUCCGCCUCUUAGGCGAUGAGAAAGGGCACUUUUGGCUGAAGAAGCGAAGGGUGCCAGAGGUUGGGGAUAUUGUAGAGGUUUGCUUCUUUGAAGAAGACACCUACGACUACCUCGCAACGGCCCACGGACGGUAUCCGCACCAGAAUGAAGACCUUCUUUGCACCACUUUGAAACUUCAUUGUCGCCGUUGUGACCUUGGAAAAAACGCUUUGGCAAAUGAUGCACUGCUUUCAAUGGCCGUGGAGAAUGUUGAGUUGAAAUGGCCCUGGAAAAGAGCUCUUGGGAGGUUUGAUUCCGUGGAACCGGGCAAGAAAAUAUGGUACGUCCGCCCGCGAAAGGAUUUACCGUCAGUGGUGAUUGUGAGAAUCAGGCGCCCUGAGACGGUAAAUUUCAAGUAUCGCUGUGCUUCUAGCAAGAAGAUCAGUGUGGAUUUCUCAGCCGGAAGACGUCUCACUGACAUUGCUGUGACAGCAGCUGGUUUCGAUGCUCCACCUUUAGAGCUGAACCGUAGGUUUGCGAGCGAAGAGAGAGAACAACUCUUUAUUAUGGGACUUGCACGGGCAGAGCGCCGAGGUCCUGAAGGAUAUAACCGCCUAGAGGAGUGCCCCGAAGGGUUGGUGCGACAGCUGAAUGUGGAGAAACUGGAGGAAUACUGUCAAAUCUUAGUUAUUGGAGUCUUGCCUUGUCCAGAUUUGCACUUGAAACUCCAGCGGCUGUUUCAGAAGACAGCAAUGUCUCAAGCCAGAAAUGGAGGUGCAAGGGCAGAGAGACGGGUUUGA